AUGAAAAGCAUUGCUGUUGCCGUACUGAUGCUGUUGGCCAGCGCCAACACAUUACCUACCCUUAGUGAAGACGAACUGAGGCAAGAGAGACUCAUCGCCGAUGUGAUCAUAAAUAUUAUUAAUGGUGUCAGUCAGUUAAUCGUAAGAGCUGGUCUAGAUCCUUUUGAAAUUGAAAAUGCUCAACGCCAAUUUGCUCUCUUUAAUCCAGAAGUUUUUAGCGCUGUUGCCUAUGUUCAGGGCUUCGCUUUCAAAGGUCUCAGUAACGUUGCAAUCCACAACAUGGACUUUUCCAUUCUCGCUAGCCGGCUGACUUUUGAUGUUUCCCUCCCUAAGCUUUCUCUCAGUGUUGGUGAUUCCGGAUUGGAAGUCAUUUUAUUAGGACGUGAAAUUAAGAGUCAUGGUAGUGGAAGUGUGGAGAUUGAAGAGCUCCGUCUUCGAGGUGAAGUCAGAAUCAACUUGGGUGUAAUUUCUGGAAUCUCUGUUCGCAGCCUUGACUUGUGGUUCUCUCUUAAAGGCAUUGAUUCUAACUUGUCCCUGAUCAUAUUUGGCCGUGACAUCUCUGAAAAAUGCAACAACUUCCUAAGCAACACCCUUCCUAAUGCCCUUCACGAAAACCAAGAUAAAAUCAACAAAAUCCUUGAGUUCAUCGUCCUGAAAAUCAUCGGCAUACUUCUGUAA